AUGCAAAAGUCGGUCCAUAUGGACCCAUCCAAUGCCCGGGGCUCAGGCCAAACCCCAUAUCCAUACGACACAAAUCAUAUCAGUGAACUGCUUAAGCGCAAGCGCCGCACCCGCGGCAUUAAGUCAUGCUUUCCUUGUCGUCAUAGGAAGGUUCGAUGUGAUGGCAAUAUGCCAUGCUCUAGUUGCGUGCAGCGUCACCACCCAGAGCUGUGCUGUGUGCCUUCUAGCUCAGGGAAUGAGCCGUCUGCUUCUAAUGAGAAGGGUAGCUCUUUCCCUAUGAACAGGGAAGACGAUGAAGGAAGACAGGAAACUAGCACUCUCAGCAUUUCCGGGGAAGAUCAAUCGGUAUAUAUAAAUGAAAAUGACAAUUACACCCCGGGGAUUGAUCUCAUUCUCAUUCGGCUUGAGAAGAUGGAUCAGCAAAUCUCUUCCCUCAAGGAAGAACUUCAACAGACCCGCUUGAAUUCUGGAUCAGCACUUCAUCGAGACGCUACCGGGGCCACCAUCUUUUUGGGCAGCCAUUCUGAUCCACCAGUCGCCCUGGGAUACCGAAAGGCCGGGAGUGACCCAAUACUUAACGAUGCAAUGCUCCUGGACCAACUUGUCCCGCGGACGUAUCCGUUUACAAAUCUGUGGAAGCAAGAGCCUGGAGCUGGUGAGAUCUGUGAGACUUUACCUGACGAGUCGGAUAUUAUCCGGAUCAACGAUACGGCUUGCACAGAGUAUCGGACUACACGAAGAGACAGCCUCAGACACGCAAAGCUCCACCGCGGAACAAUUCCAGCGAAAACGCCUGUGGCCCAGAUCGCUCCUUCGCAGAAUGUCUGCGCCAUAUGCCAAAUCCUCCUCGAGCGCGCACGACAAGAUAACACUGAAACCCUCACUGAAACUUUAUCCUUUAAAAGCCGAAUGGCAGCUAUAUCCAAGGACGCCGCGCCAUUUCUCCGCGAUAAAGCCCACUGUCGCAGCCUGCAAGAUCAUCUCGAGCGUCUAGCCCUGAAUAUCCACAUUUGCUACACAAUCUGUCGUCUCUGUCGGCUGAUCCUGGAGUCUGGGUCCAUUGAAGCUCAUAACCCGGCUAUAAAUGCUGAUUCCAUCAAGGUGGAAUGCAUUGACUGCGCUGCUCAGGCUGUUCAGAGUUUCUUAGAUAUGCACCGUCUUGCGGCGACAAACUUGGUGGAUUCUAGUCUGCAGGGUUCACGUGCUGAUGUGCUGGUUAAGCGCUUGAUUGUCGUUUUGGAGCGCGAGGAACAGCAGUCUGUGUGGGAGGAUACGGAUACUAAUUUGAGGUACUUUGGUCCAUAUUCUCGGGCCUUGAAGGCCUUGCGGGAGACUAGUGAUGGCCAGUGA